CUGAACAACGUGUUCAAUUUAUACACAAAACGGGGUAUUAAUGUUAUUAUUAAACUUUAAUUUCAUGUAAGUCAAAGAAUGUACACAGCAGAAGGUAGCUUCCAUUGCACCUCCUACGAUAACUGUUAACCCAAUGAGAUUACUACAGGAAACGCGCGAAAAUUUAUAAACAUGUAUUGGCGGUAAUAACGUCGGAUGAAGUGCUGCACAGAAACAGUAUUGGGAGGAAGUGUGGGGUAGGUCUCAAAUAUUUGGUGAAAACAUGGAGCUCAAGAGUCCAAAACGUUUUAAAUCGACUGAAGAAAUAGUAUCCCAGUUACAUAGAACCCCAUCAACGGAUGAUACCUUGUUACAUCCGUGGAAUUGGGUAGAAGAGUCCCGGAAAUUGGGGCUCAGCCCUAACAGUGGUUGUAGCUCUCCAGAAUUUGUUACUAGACAUGAAAGUAAAAGGGGUAGACCUAGAGCUGAUGCUAUUACAAAUUUGAUCGUGGAAGGUUCCACGUCCCCCAGUGCUAUUAAAUGUCGUUUCUGUAAUCGAGUAUUUCCCAGAGAAAAAUCGUUGCAGGCUCAUCUUCGUACACACACAGGGGAACGUCCUUACACAUGUGAUUAUCCUGGUUGUACCAAAGCCUUCACACAGAGUGGACAGUUAAAAACUCAUCAGCGACUACACACUGGAGAGAAGCCUUUUGUCUGUUCGGAACAAGGGUGCAACAUGCGUUUCACACACGCCAAUAGGCACUGUCCUGACCAUCCACUGGCAACUCUUCAGCGUAGUGAUGACUUUGUUUUGCGUCCUGUUGCCUCCAAUCCAGAACAGUCUAGUGAUGUACUUCGUUGGCUGGAGAGGUAUAAGAAGGAACGAGAAGAGAGAACCCCGUCAAAGAAACUUGACAGGAAAACAAAAAGCAGGAAGAGCGAAUUGGAGAAUGACGCUGCACCUCCAGCACCGAUGAAGAAGUCUAAGAUUCGAAAGGGUUUGGUAAAUGAAAUGGAGCAGCAAGAAAAUGUUCGUAAGUCCCCUAGAAAAACUCAGUCUGCGCACACUGUUAAGAGUUGGCAGCAGUCCAAUAAUGGUAUAGUUGGCAAUUCAAAGCAAGAGCAGUGCUCGCCCCAUAGGACGUCUGACACCGAUUCAAAUGACACGUCAAAGCACAAGAAGCAGGACGUGUACCGUCAAGAGCAACCAAAGAAACGGUGGCUACGUGAAGCUUGCCAAGAUCAGUCACUCUGGGGUGAAAAGCAGGCACUAGCUCAUCCCUUGCAAUGGAAUGACAAAGAUGAUGCUGGCUGCAGAAGUUUGGAGUCUGUAUCGUACACAUUGCUGAAUCCUGUUGAUGUUUCAUCAAAUCCGACCGAGAAGGAUGCCAAUUUGACGAGGCCAACAGUUCUGAUGCUGGCUUACAAGGAGGCAGAUUCAGAGGUAUCUGAAGAAUACUGUCUGGAUGACAAGAAUGUGUCCUGGUCUUCAGGGACAGAAAACAGUUUUCCUCCUGAGGAUAAUUUGAAGUGGAUGGGUGCAAUGGCACUCAUGGCAUUGGCAAAGACAGAAGGGGAGCAUGGUAUUGAAAAUGCAGGCACUCCUCUUAACUUGUCUCAGCCUCGUUAUACUCAGCUGUAACAAGCGGCAGACCUGUGAUUUUACAUUGUACAAGUAUUGAAACGUGACCGGUCUUCUUCUUAACUGUUACUCACAUUAAAAAUAUUAUUCUUUAACAGUUAUUUUGUUUUGACACUCUCCGAUAUAUGAUUUAUUUUUUUAUUAAUUUUAUAUACAUUUCAUGAUACGUGGGGUGUUUCUGAGAUGACUAAUAAAUUUUUGCAAGGGCUUUGAAGGUUCUGGAAGUUUAAAUCUACCCAUUUCCAGAAAUCCCUCGUUAUGAGGAUAUAACCACUGUAUUUUCAAUGUUAAAAACAGAAUGUUUUUAUUGCAUCUUGACUCUAGCAAGGCUUCAGUCACAGGCCAGCGCAAGUACUUACAUUACAUCUUGGGAAGAUCUUUCUAACAAGCUGAUUUGUGCUAAUGCUGCUGUUACAGUUCUGGUUGGUUAGUUUGUAUGAUAAUGGGGGGGGGGGUGGAACCAGAAGCCAUAUUGAAAUCCUCAAAGUUGGAGAUUGAAAGAUCAGUGUUGAAAUUGAGAUCAAGAUUUUUCAAAUAAGUAAUAAUAUUUCCCGAUAGACUACUGCCUUG